AUGAGGCAUUCCUUAGGAUGCAAAAUCCCCUAUCCAAAGGCACCCGCGGGACUGUCAUAUGCCGCGCCGCGAUUCGACAUCGGAAACUCCAUUUGCGAUAGCAUGGGCAAUAUGUUUUCCAAGUCAACCAUCGAGCCGAUGCUCCAAAGCCUUUGGAAGCUUGCUGCAUCAUCUUAUGGCCUGAGCAAAAGCGGCAGCAGCCCCGUCCUCACAAUUCCCCAGCUUUUGUCCACAGGGCAUAACGACAUUACUGCCGGCAGCCAUGCCGUCUCCCACAGUUCGUGCCGUGCACCCCUACCCAAACGGCCCGUCCGUUCGAUACCAACUGCGGCGCUGUGGUCAUCCCGUUUGCUCCCUUUCCUGUCGACUCCCGACAUGCCGUGGCCUGCGAUCUACGAGACGUCGAUGUUCACAUUCCGCAAAUUGCACCACAUGGCAUAUAUUUAUUUGUCCGGGACUCUGCUCAUGCUACGUAACACGUCUCUUACCAAGCAUCCGCCAUAUCAGGGCCAUGAAAUGACCCGAGAUCGCGAGUUGACCGACCGAUGUUUCGAGAUGGCGACGAGGACUAAACCAGCCGUCGGAAUCCGAUUUGAGGCCCAGGGUGGUUUUGUCACAAGCGGCCCGCAGCCUCGUCGAUGGUCCCAAUGGCUUCCUUCCCACGCCCACGUUCUCUUGACAACCUACGCAAUUGACGACCGACACAAUUAUCUUCGCCUGAUAGAUAUCACCGGCCCGGGGUUUGGGACACUUGGCACCGCCUUAUAA